GCCCGGAGCCGCCUCGCUGGCUCAGUGGCGACUCGCGCUGCUUCAGGCCUUUGGUCGCUAGGUGCAGGCAUGGCGGGGAAGGCCUGGCUCUGCACCCAGGGCCGCCUGAGAUUCUCAGCGCGCCUGUCGUGCGCUACUUAGAACGGAAGUGGAGGGCUUUGAAGGCUGAGGACUUUCCCAGUGCCCCUCCUUGGCGGAGAUGGAACUUCCGCCUGAGUGGAAGACAGGCUUAGAGCGGAGCUUUUGCCGUUGUUCUUGACCAGGUAAAGAUUUGACCCGGACUGUAACAAAGGACACUAAAGGAAAGACGCUUUCUGUCACACCCGGCCGUUGCCCUGGCGGCCCGAACUGUGCUCGGUCACCUCAGAGCACCUGACGAGACAGUAGUGAAAAACAGCUUUCCCCAAUGGAGCCGCGUUGGGAAUUUCCUAACUGGAAGUGUGGGUUGACGUAGCGGGCGAGAGAUAGGCAUAAGUGGGUGGCCCGGUCCAGGUGUGGUCCGGCCCGUCACUGACCCAUCCUGUCUGGGCUCCAGUCACAGUUCCUUGGAAUCCAAAGCCUGGUAGCGGAAGGAAACGACACAAGCGUCCCUCUUUAGAAUGUUUUCCAUCCUGCCAGAACCGUUACUUGGUGACUUAAUCCCUGUCAGAGCCGAAUAAAAGUGAUGGAAUUCCCAAACAGUCCUGUGGAAGUUGCGUUUUUGUGCAUGCUCUGUGAUAGUCGACUGUUUAACGGAUACUGGGUUCCUCUGUAUUUGCGCCUUCUCUGUAAAGUCUGUCACCUUACUGGCGAUGGCAUGUGGUCACGUUAACUCCUUUCUGGAAGACAACUUUACAAGGACCAAAUUUGGGGCUCCAGAACUCUCCAGCGACCAGGGACUGCACAGGACUGAGUCCAUAUGGAAGAAGAACUACCUGGUUUCUAUGGAGAAAGUGGCAAGAAGGAAAAAAAAUAAAGCAGAACUCUUAGAAAAUAAGAUUCCUUCAUAUGAGGAGCCAGUACAGGCUACCCUGUCAUCAUUGAAGAUGCUAGAUGUGGGGAAGUGGCCAAUCUUUUCCCUUUGUUCUGAGGAAGAGCUGCAGACGAUUCAUCAGGCUUGUGUCUUUGGCAGUGCUGGCAAUGAAGUUUUAUACACCACAGUCAAUGAUGAGAUUUUUGUGCUCGGCACAAACUGCAGUGGCUGUCUGGGGAUAGGUGACAUUCAGAGCACCAUUGAGCCUCGGAGACUGGAUUCUUUAACUGGCAAAAAGAUAGCCAGCCUCAGCUAUGGGAGUGGCCCACACAUCGUCCUUGCAACAGCAGACGGAGAAGUCUUCACCUGGGGUCACAAUGCCUAUAGCCAGCUGGGCAAUGGGACCACGAACCAUGGUUUGGUGCCCUGCCACAUCUCUACUAACUUGUCAAAUAAACAAGUCAUUGAGGUUGCCUGUGGCUCUUACCAUUCUUUGGUCCUAACAUCUGAUGGCGAGGUAUUUGCCUGGGGUUAUAAUAACUCUGGGCAGGUAGGAUCUGGAUCAACAGCUAAUCAGCCCAUCCCUCGAAGAGUCACUGGAUGCUUGCAGAAUAAAGUAGUUAUGAACAUAGCAUGUGGGCAAAUGUGUUCCAUGGCCGUUGUAGAUACAGGAGAGGUCUAUGUCUGGGGUUACAAUGGGAAUGGCCAGCUGGGCCUGGGCAGCAGUGGCAACCAGCCAACCCCCUGUAGAGUGGCAGCCCUGCAAGGCAUUCGUGUCCAGCGGGUCGCCUGUGGCUACGCACACACAUUAGUAUUAACAGAUGAAGGUCAAGUGUAUGCGUGGGGUGCAAAUUCUUAUGGCCAGUUGGGCACUGGCAAUAAAAGUAACCAGUCCUACCCCACCCCUGUCGACGUGGAAAAGGACAGGAUCAUAGAGAUUGCGGCCUGUCACUCCACCCACACGUCUGCUGCCAAGACCCAGGGCGGGCACGUGUACAUGUGGGGCCAGUGCCGGGGCCAGUCGGUGGUCCUGCCCCACCUCACCCACUUCUGCUGCACCGAUGACGUGUUUGCCUGCUUUGCCACCCCUGCAGUCACCUGGCGCCUCCUGUCUGUGGAACCUGAUGACCACCUCACCGUGGCUGAGUCACUGAAGAGGGAAUUUGACAACCCUGACACUGCAGACCUCAAGUUUCUGGUUGAUGGAAAAUACAUUUAUGCUCACAAAGUCCUUCUCAAAAUUAGGUGUGAGCAUUUUCGUUCUUCAUUAGAAGACAGUGACGAUGAUAUUAUAGAAAUGAGUGAGUUUUCAUAUCCUGUGUUCCGAGCUUUCCUGGAGUACCUAUACACGGAUAACAUCAGCCUAUCUCCUGAGGAGGCAGUAGGAUUGCUAGAUCUGGCCACAUUUUAUAGUGAGACGCGGCUGAAGAAGCUCUGUCAGCAGACUAUCAAGCAAGGAAUCUGUGAGGAGAAUGCUAUUGCUUUGCUGUCUGCUGCUGUGAAAUACGACGCUCAGGAUUUAGAAGAGUUCUGCUUCAGAUUUUGCAUAAAUCAUCUGACUGUAGUAACACAAACUUCAGGGUUUGCAGAAAUGGACCACGAUCUUCUGAAGAACUUCAUCAGCAAAGCCAGCAGAGUUGGAGCUUUUAAGAACUGAUCCCUAACAUGCAAAGGAGUGUCUAAGCCUUUCCACUUCACCCCUGCAAAAACAAAUAAAACAUUUUUAAAAAGCCA